GAGCCCGUGAAGGAAAACUCGCCCAAAAACCCUUGCGCUCGUCGUCUUCUUCCCCGUCCAGCCGGCGCUCCCCCCUUGCUUGCUCCCCGCUGCCGUUUCCCACCGCCGUCGCCAUGCCUUUCCAAUUCCAGUUCCCAUGGCUCAAGAACCCCACUACCACCACCACCGCCGCCGGCUCCUCCAACCCCAACCCCAGCCCUAGCCAUAGCCCCAGCAUCCCAAACCCCUUCCUCCCCAUUCAAGCCCACCUCACCUCCUUCCUCUCCUCCCUCCCCCGGGCCCUCCCGCCGCCGCCGCCCUGGGUCCGCAUCCCCUCCCCCUCCCCCUCCUGGGCCUCGGCCACGCCCCUACCGCCCGCUGAGAUCGAGGAGCGGCUCGCCGGGGUGCCCGUAUAUGCGCUCGCCAACGCCGCCCACGAGAUCGUGCUCGUGUCCUCCGCCCGCGCGGGAGGACAGCAAGGGCGCGAGGGCGCGAGGCCUCCGGCGGCGCUCGGGCUGCUGUGCUUCCGGAAGGAGGAUGCCGACGCGCUGCUGGAGCAGAUGGAGGGCGACAUGCGCGCCGGCUCCAGCGUCGUGCCCGUCGCGCUCAACAAGGUUAUCCAACUGAAGUCUGAUGGUGUGGCGUUUAGAUUCCUUCCUGAUUCAUCUCAGGUGGCUAAUGCAAUUAAGUUGAUGCAAGAUGAAGGGCUGUAUGCCAGGGAGGGAUUUCCAGGAGUUCCAGUUUUUCAGUCAAGGAGCUUGGUCCUGAUGAGUGACAACAAGAGAUAUCGUCCAGUUUUCUUCAGAAAGGAGGACUUGGAUAACUCACUGUACCGGACCUCUCGUGAUCAGCAAAAACCUAAUCCUGCUGUUAGGCUUGGUGACACUCAGGUUUCUUCUUUGGAAGAUAUCAUCAAAUCUAUGAAGGAUAGCUCCUCCUCAAAAUGGGAUGACGUUGUGUUUAUUCCUCCUGGAUUUGACCUUGCUACUGGGUCGAAGCCAUCACACCUCAACAAGUAGAUGCUUCUGUAGAACGUUGUUAGCAGUGCUAUCCUUAGGCAGGCGACAAUAUAUUUGACAGUCUGGACACUUUGAUAGAAAUAGAAUGUAUAUACAUGUCUUGGACAAAAUAUGUGAUUUUUUGCACCCAACUUGCACUGCUGUUAAUUUCUGUGUUAGUUGUAUGUAGCAUGCCAUUAGUUAGCAGGAAAUUGAAAUAGAAUAUAGAUAGCAUGCAAUGCAGUUAUGCUAUUUUGAUAUGAUUUAAA